AUGCUCUCGGAAGGAGCCAAGACCGAGAACAGCGAUCAUAUACAUGUGAAAGUGGCGGGCGAUGGUUCUUUGGUGCUUUAUGAGGUCAAGAGGCAGACUGUUAGUGAGCCAGUAAAAGCCUGUUGUGAAGCACAGGGUUUGUCUGUGAGGCAGAUUGGAUUCCAGCUUGAUGGGCAACCAAUCGGUGAAACAGACACACCUGCACAGCUGGAAGCAGAGGAUGCAAAUAUGACAGAUGUGUUCCAGGGACAGACAGGAAGUGCCUACUAG